AUGGCGGCGUCUGCAUCUCCCUCCUCUGUCGGCGAUCUGGAUCCUAACUCGACAAAUUUACGACCGCCGUCCUCAAGCUAUGACUGGAGAGCAGUUCAUGGACGUACGAGGAAGCUUGGGAUGAAGAUUUGCGGCUUCCUGCAGAAAAACAAUAACUUGGAGGUUAAGAAUCGGGUCGUAGACUCUUAUAACGAACAGCAAUCAUCUAAAACCUUUUUGACUCGCGACAACGAACAAGACCCCAGGUUUAUACGCACCGAGACGGACUUCUCAAAUCUUUAUGCCAGAGAUCUGCUGCCUGCAAAGAAUGGAGAGGAGGUCACGGUGCAGUUCCUUUUGGAGGUCUUUGAUAUCCUCACUAACUACAUACGAAAGACGUUUGACAGAUCCACCAAAGUCCUGGAUUUCCACCACCCACACCAGCUGCUGGAGGGUCUGGAAGGCUUUAACCUGGAGCUGUCUGAGCAGCCUGAGUCCCUGGAGCAGAUCCUGGUGGACUGUAGAGACACACUCAAAUACGGAGUCCGCACAGGUCACCCACGGUUUUUCAACCAGCUGUCCACUGGGCUGGACAUUAUUGGCUUGGCCGGAGAGUGGCUCACUUCCACUGCCAACACCAAUAUGUUCACGUACGAGAUUGCCCCAGUGUUCGUGCUGAUGGAACAGCUUACUCUGAAGAAGAUGAGAGAAAUCGUUGGCUGGCCAGAUGGUGAGGGUGACGGCAUAUUCUCACCUGGAGGAGCCAUUUCCAACAUGUACAGUGUGAUGGUGGCCAGAUACAAACACUACCCUGAGGUCAAAACCAAAGGCAUGACCGCUGCCCCCAGACUCAUUCUCUUCACCUCAGAGCAUAGCCACUACUCUAUACAGAAGGCCAGUGCAGCCCUGGGGUUUGGGACAGAAAAUCUGAUUCUGCUGAACACUGAUGACAGGGGCAGGGUCAUACCGGCUGACCUGGAGGCCAAGGUCAUCGAGGUCAAGCAGAAGGGCUAUGUUCCACUGUUUGUGAAUGCGACAGCUGGUUCCACUGUGUAUGGAGCCUUCGACCCCGUCCACGAAAUCGCCGACAUCUGUGACAAAUACAACAUGUGGCUGCACGUAGAUGCUGCGUGGGGUGGAGGGCUGCUGAUGUCCCGGAAACACAGACAUAAACUGAGCGGCAUUGAAAGAGCGAACUCGGUCACAUGGAAUCCACAUAAGAUGAUGGGUGUUCCACUGCAGUGCUCUGCCAUUCUCGUCCGAGAGAAGGGUCUGCUUCAGGCCUGUAACAGUAUGUGUGCAGGGUAUCUGUUCCAGCCUGACAAGCAGUAUGACGUCACCUAUGACACAGGAGACAAGGCUGUACAGUGUGGACGACAUGUGGACAUCUUCAAGUUCUGGCUCAUGUGGAAGGCCAAGGGAACUGUAGGCUUUGAGAAGCAUGUGGACCAUUGUCUGGAGCUGUCUCACUACCUCUACACUAAACUGAAGGAUCUAGAGGGCUAUGAGAUGGUGUUUAAGGGUGAGCCUCAGCACACCAAUGUGUGUUUCUGGUACGUUCCACCCAGCCUGAGGGGCAUGUCUGACGGAGUUGAGCGGUGUCAAAGACUGCACAAAGUGGCCCCUAAAAUCAAGGCAAUGAUGAUGGAGUCGGGGACGGCCAUGGUGAGCUAUCAGCCCCAGGGUGAUAAAGUCAACUUCUUCAGAAUGGUCAUCUCUAACCCUGCUGCCACCAGGUCCGACAUCGACUUCCUCAUCGAGGAGAUAGACAGGCUGGGACAGGGUCUGUAA